AUGUUGCGUUCUUCCUAUGCAUUUCUCUCGGGGUUAUUAGCAGCAGAUGGCAAGCACCUCAAAGGGAAAGUUCUGUGUGUCCGUGUAAGGGAUGACCCCGAGCGCACGAGGCUCGUUUCUUGGCGAGCACGCAGCGCGGCCCGCGCCAGGCCCGCACCGGCCCCUGUGACCUGCAGAGGGCGCCGUAGACACACCGAGGGCCAAGCGGGGUCCGGGCCGGGGGAGUAUGCUGAGGGAGUCAGUGAGCGAGACGUGCUGCUCAUCCACUCCUGCCGCCAGUGGACAACGGUGACAGCCCAUGCGCUGGAGGAGGGCCACUAUGUCAUCGGGCCCAAGAUCGACAUUCCCCUGCAGUACCCAGGGAAGUUCAAGCUCCUGGAGCAGGCCCGGGAUGUGCGGGAGCCAGUGAGGUACUUCAGCAGCGUGGAGGAGGUGGCCAGUGUCUUCCCUGACCGCAUCUUCGUGAUGGAAGCUAUCACUUUCAGUGUCAAGGUGGUAUCGGGCGAGUUCAGCGAGGACAGCGAGGUGUACAACUUCACGCUGCACGCGGGCGACGAGCUCACGCUCAUGGGCCAGGCGGAGAUCCUGUGCGCCAAGACCACCAAGGAGCGCUCGCGCUUCACCACGCUGCUGCGCAAGCUGGGCCGCGCCGGGGCGCUGGCCGGGGUGGGCGGCCCGGGCGCGGCGGGCGCCGCAAACAGCGGCAGCGCCAGGCCUGUCAAAGGCAAGAUGCCCUGCCUCAUCUGCAUGAACCAUCGCACCAACGAGAGCCUGAGCCUGCCCUUCCAGUGCCAGGGCCGCUUCAGCACGCGCAGCCCGCUGGAGCUGCAGAUGCAGGAGGGCGAGCACACGGUGCGCGCCAUCAUCGAGCGCGUGCGGCUGCCGGUGAACGUGCUGGUGCCCAGCCGACCGCCGCGCAAUCCCUACGACCUGCACCCGGUGCGCGAGGGCCACUGCUACAAGCUGGUCAGCAUCAUCUCCAAGACGGUGGUGCUGGGGCUGGCGCUGCGCCGCGAGGGCCCCGCGCCCCUGCAUUUCCUGCUGCUCACCGACACGCCGCGCUUCGCGCUGCCCCAGGGGCUGCUGGCCGGGGACCCGCGCGUCGAGCGCCUGGUACGCGACAGCGCCUCCUACUGUCGCGAGCGCUUCGACCCCGACGAGUACUCCAUGCUGCCCGCGCCCGCCAGCGACAGCGACCAGGAGUACGUGAGCCCAGACUGGGCCGGGGCGCCUGAGCCCCCCGGGCCGCCCGCUGAGAUCCCCUACGAGGAGCUGUGGGCGCACCAGGCCCCCGAGAGCCUCUCCGAGGGCCGCGGCCGGCUGCCGCCUGGGCCCGAUCUCAUCUCCUUCGGGAGCGCCGGGCCACCACGUCGCGACUCUGAAGCGCCACCGCCGCCUGUGCCCCCCAAAUCCGAGGCGGUGAAGGAGGAGUGCCGCCUGCUCAACGCCCCCCCUGUGCCUCCCCGGGGUGGCAGUGGUGGGGCCAGGCUCUCUGGCAGUCCCCCAGUGCCGCCCCGCUUCCCGAAGCUACAGCCCGUCCACUCACCCAGCUCCAGCCUCUCCUACUACUCUUCCGGCCUCCAAGAUGGGGCGGGCUCCCGCAGUGGCAGCGGCUCCCCCUCACCUGAUGCCUACUCCCUCUACUGUUACCCCUGCACCUGGGGAGACUGCAAGGCCGCAGAUGCCUCUAGCCGCCCGCCGCCUGCAGGACCUCUGCCCUCCACCACCACGCAGCCCAGCCAGGCCUCCCGUGCCCUCACAGAGCCUCUGAGCUCUCGGGGGGCCUCCUUCUUGGGGGCUGACACUGCAGUCAAGACCUACCAUGGCUGCCCACCCCUGUUCAAGCCCUCCCACUCCCAGAAACGCUUUGUUCCCUUUGGCGCUCUCAAUCCUUUCUCUGGGUCCACAUACCCCUCGGGUCCCCCAGCAGUCCCUUCGGGGCCCACAUCCACUUCUGCCGCCCUGGCUACCUCCAGCCCUGCACAUUCCCCGGUUCCGGCCUCGCAGGGCCAGGGCUACUCAGCUGCUCCACCCUCAUCCCCAUCUUCCUCUGAGUGGCAGGAACCAGCGCUGGAGCCCUUGGACCCCUUUGAGCUGGGACAGGCCAGCUCUGAGCCAGAGCUGCUUUGCUGUCAGGAGCCCAGAGCUGUAGGGGUGCCUGGACCCCGUCUUUCACCACUUGGUCCCCCUAAGGUCUUUGAGCCUGAAGGUUUGACCUUGAGGCAAGCUCCUACUCCUCUGUCACCAGUCACUCUGCAGGGGUCUGAGGCAGGAGGGGCGCGAGUCUUUCUCACCCAAGGGCCUCCUGCCAGUCCUCGGGAAGGAGCAGGCUCUGGAGGCAGGGAUGGCUCCUGGCAGCCCCCCGCCGACCUGUCCGCACUUUCCCUGGAAGAAGUCUCUCGAAGUCUGCGCUUCAUCGGGCUCUCAGAGGAUGUGGUGAGCUUCUUUGCCCGGGAGCGGAUCGAUGGGAGCAUCUUUGUGCAGCUCAGCGAGGACAUCCUGGCCGAUGACUUCCGCCUCACUAAGCUGCAGGUCAAGAAGAUCAUGCAGUUCAUCAAAGGCUGGCGGCCCAAAAUCUGAGCCCCUCAGUAACUUCUACCCUACUGGCACAGCGGCACUGCUGGCUUAGGCCCCAGAGCCAACACUCCCAGAAGAGAAGCAAGUCCUGCCUGCACAGAUACUAAGCUGAGGCCUAAGACAUGGGGGAAUGUUCUUCUCAGGGGUGGGCCUUGCAGAGUUGGCUUGCUGUUGUGAAUAGCUGGGGAAGGGCAUCGCUGUGCACCUGGCUUGGUGAUAGAGUGGUGGUGAAGUGUGGAUCAAAAGGUAGCCUUUGGGGUGGCAGAAUACCACCCCGUGUCCUGAUGCAGUCCUUCAGGGACAUGGUAUACUUUUCAGCCCUGUAAGUUCAGGUUAGACAUGAGAAGAUGGCCUGUAAUGUAUGCACAAAUUCCCUAAGUGUCCUCUCUUUCUUGCUCUGUAGGCUUUUAGCCUGCAGCUCUGCUGGGGACAGGGGUGCAGUUUCUGUGUUGGUGAAGUACCUUUCCACUUGUUCCCCCAUGAUUAGCUGCCUGGCCCUGAGCAUUGGAAUUGACCAUAAGCGCGUGUGCACGUGUGUGUGCGUGCGUGCGUGUGCCUCUAGGCUCCAGAUUGAGGGUGGUCAGAGGAGGCUCAGCUCUGCUGUAGACCUACAUUAUUAGGGAGGCAGGUGCUCUCUAUUUUCUGCUCCAGCCUCACCACCCCUGGUCACCAGACCUAUCCGGUGAGGUACAGACUGGGGAAGACCAGGGAGCUUGAAGUCAGCUGCUCCUUCAUUUGGGAGCAAGCAGUGGUGGAUCAUCCACCACUCCGCCAGUCGCCUGCUGCAACCAUUUGGUACUUGCUGAUGGACAUGGGGUGGACUUUUUGGUUUCUGUCACUGGAACAAGAGGAUGGGUACAGCUAAGGGAGGGGGGUGGCUUGGGAAAACCUGCCCUUCCUCCUUGGUGCAGUUGUGCAUUUGUUCACACACUUCAGUCUGAAGCAUGGUGACCUGCGUGAGACACAGAAUACCAUCAUGUCUCAGGCCCACCAGCUUCAGCCUUUUGUUGGCCUUACUUGGUCUACUUAGCUAUUUAUUUCACUAAAGCAUGUUGGUGCCUGGGCCCGUCAGACUGUCUCAGCUCUGAGGGAAGGAGUAUAGUAGAACAGACACUGAUGCUGUGACAUUUGGUUUUCUCCUCCAAGGACUAGGGAAAUAAAUGCUAGACCACUGAAGAAUA